CAGCAGCAAGGACAGCAACAAGGUCAGCAGCCGCAGCAGCAACUGCAGCAACAAGAUCCAGCCGCAAACAGCAACAAGAACUGCAAGAGUAAGUGCUUUACUCUACAGCUGGGUAAUACUGAGUGUAAGAUCAUCUGUGACCCCCCAUCCAUUGAACAGCCGACACAAUCACCUUAUGGACUCUAUCCACAACAGUACGGUCAGCAGUAUCCUUAUGGAGCGCAAAUGCCAUCACCCUGUGUCCCCCCAGCCUGUCAGCCCAGUCAGUACCCCGGUUACAUGUCACCUCAGCCAUAUCCCGCCGCUGGAGCCUAUCCCCCUGCGGCUGCAGGCACUUCCCCUGUUCAGGAGGGUUGCGUGGGACGGUCAUGUGACAAAAAGGAGCCACAGUCUGAUAAACCGGCUGAAGAAAAAAAAGAAGAGAAACAAGAUAAACCGGCUCCUCCUGCUCCAAAGCCUGCCAAAGCUCCGUCUCCAUACACUUUCCAGACUCCCGGCGCAACUGUCGUGAUGGAUCCGAUCAGUAUCAGUCAGCAGCCUGAACCUCAGAUACCAGUUGCGCCAAUGAUCCCGGGUCAGAUCCCAAUGGCGAUGCCUCAGCUUCAGCAGCCUCAACCGUACGCUGUUCCCCAGGCCUCCCCUCAGGUUCCUUAUUCCAUUUCCAUAUCAGGAGUAGCUGCACCGCCAGCACCAGCCCAGCCUCAGGGUGCCGCACUUGCACAGCACUUCAAGCCUAUGCCUAAUAACUGCCAGGAUUAUAGCGCGCCAAGAUGUCGCGUAUUCCUUGAUUGGCCCACAGAUGAGCGUAAUGAAAUCAAAGCUUCACUGAGAUUCAAACAGAACUGGCAUAAUGAUUACAAGCGUUCAUCUUCAACAAAGUACAAGAUCUUUGCUGCUGAGGUGGAGAAAGCGAUAAAAGACGUUUACACCCAAGACAAGAAUUUUAGACAAGUAAAAGUUACUAGCUUUAGCGAGGAAGACAUGAAGGUUGCAGCCAACUUCCUUCUUGAGUUUGCUCAGCCAGAGUACAGCGCAUUGAGAUAUCUUUCACGCGCCAUCUCCGAAAACUACCUGCAAAGCAUGCCGGUAUUCAAGCAUACGUUGCUGAGGGAAGGCAUUGCACAUCACCACCGAUCAAUUGUAGCCACUCAAAAGGAGCUGGAUGCUGUUCCUAAAGUCAAAGUUGUGAGCAGCCAUAAACAAGAAGAUGAAAUUUUGACAACUUUGUCCAGCGCCUACCAGGGAUGCUACAAAGAUAAAAAACCUAAUCGUGAUUUAAGAAAACAGUUCACAAAGUAUGAAAUGACACCUGAGUGGUGUGUUGGCAAGUGUAAGCUGGCCGGAUACAAAUAUGCAGGGCUGCAGUAUGGAUAUCUGUGCUUCUGUGGCGAUAGGUUUGGCACCUACGGCAAGGUUGAUGACGCUGAAUGCGAUAGUUUAUGUUUUGGUGAUAAGACAAGAUAUUGUGGAGCUUUCUGGCAUAAUUCUAUCUUUUCUGUAGAUCGCGAAAAGCAUGAACCACCUGCGAAAGACGAGCCAGAAGAGCAAGAAGACAGUGGAUCAGGAGAAUCUGUGGAAGAGCCAGAAGACAAAUAUGUACCAGAGCACACUGAAGUUGCCAAUCAUCUUAUGAAAGCCGCGGAAGCUGCCCUGAAAGCUGCCAAGAAAUUGUUACCACAUGCUGAUCAUGGCAAAUCCAAACGCGCACCAGAUGAAGAAUUUCAGCAGCAAAGUGAAGACGCACUCUACUCACUCAGUGAGGCUGAGAAAUUGAUGGAAUCAAAGGAUGCGUCCCUUCAAUCAACGACUAAAGAGAAACGAGACGCAGAGGGAGAUGGUCGGGAUCUUUUGGUGGCUUAUCUGAGCGACGUGGGGGGCUACGACAGAAAUUAUCGUGAUGUUGGAGAUGAGGACGAAAAUAGUUCGUUAGAGUCCAGAGACAAGAAACAAAAGGUUGAAUAUCGAAGAAUGGUUAUUGAUGAGUCAGGAGAUGGAGAAUUCGUCGAGAAAUCGAAGAAUAAGGAACUGAAAGCUAGAAAGCGUCGAGAGGUCGCGGAGCCAUGGGACGAGAGCUUUGACGGACCUAAGAAAAUGGCUUCAAGGGCAGCUCCAGUGGAAACGACAUCGAAGCGUAACGUUAUUCCAGUAUCACUAGGUGAUACUGAAGAUGACUUGAGCAUGCUAAAUGAUGCAUCGGGUGAAGAUACCAUGCUUGAAGCCAAACGAAGCCAAACUUUUCAGCCAUUGACGUCAGACGAAAGCUCAAACGCAGCUGAAUCCGGCGAGGGUGCUGAUACUGCCAUUGCAUCUGGUGACAGGGAUGUUUCUGAAGAGCAAUCCGGGUUUGAAAACCAGGCAGCUGACGAGCCGAAAGAGUCGGGCGAGUCUGUUCAGUCUGGGAACACAGACGAAGGAGAGGAAUCUGGAGAAGAGGCAGAUGAGGAGGAGAGCCAGGAGACAAAUUCUGCACGUGUUGUAAGGGUAGUUGAAAAUGAGCAUGAUGAUGUCACUUUGUCCCGUCAUCGUAGAGAACUGCCGGAGGUUUUGGAUGAAGAAGAUAAACCAAAGGCAAGAUCCAAGAGACAAGAUUUCAUACUGAAUGACAAAAAUAUCAAUAAGAUGCAGGACCAAGUAACUCAAGGAGUGGACAAUAUAAUGGGCCUGAUAGUAGAUAUAUAUCAGUCGAAGAGGACCCUGGCGAGAUUGGGACAAGUUGUCAGCCAGUUGAAACAAAAUGUGAUGCAACAAAUGGAUGUACCUGUUGGACAGAGAGAUCAAGCAAGGAACAAACUCAGAAAUACUGUUCGACACACACUAGUGCAGAAAAUUAACGAGCUUGCUCAGUCAAUUCGCCAAGAAGUUGAAGAUUAUAAACAAAGUCACCAGGCAGUUAGUCAACAAGCUAAGGAGGCCAUCUCAGCUCUCUUGGACAUUCCCGUUUUCCAAGAUAAAGUUACCAGCUUAAAAAGCACAAUCAAGAAAAGAGCUGCAGAUAUUGAGAAAGAAUAUAAGAAAGCCAAAAGAGGCAGCGAAGAACUUCCAAGUAUUUUAAAAGAACACUUCAAGAGAAAUGCUCCAGCUGAUAUAAAAGGGGAAAAGAGGCUUUCACGUUCCCACAGAGAUUUGAAUCUAUAAAAACUACUCAAACACAGUUACAGCGGUGACACUUCAAUGCACAUAAAUCGAGUGCUUCCUAUAAUAAAUCACGAUGAAUAAUCUGUGAUGAGAAAUUUGGGAGUGUUAAGCGUGGGAAUGAAAUCUUAAAAGAGAGAUACUUUGUAACAUUAGACGAACAUGUAGACAACUACAUGAGAAUUUUACAUGAGAAAGAAUCACAAGGUUUAAUUCAGAUUUUUUGGGGAAGGUCACCUCGUGACUUCAUCAAGACAUCACACCAGUUUCUUAUCUUUAACUGUAUAGUAUGUAAUAGCUCUUAUUUUAUGAAAACGUUUGUUCAAAUAUUUUUUUCCUUCAGCGUAGUACUAUUUCUGCACUGUUAUCCUCGAAGGAUCUGAUAAUGAAACACAUAGAAAAUUGAUCACCAAUGCAUGUGGAAAUUUCAUCGCCUCACCUUAAGGGUUCCAAGCUAGGGGUGUUUAUUUAAAAGUGCGAACACUAGUGUUUACUACUACAAAACAGUUCCGUCGUUUUUCAAAUUUACUUUUUAUUAAUUAUGAUAUUCAUCAUAUAAUGGAAACUCCACUAUAUUGCAUGGGGUGCCAAGACAACACUGUGCCACCGAGACGGUUUUACGGAGCUUGCAAGAGACGUUUAUGCACCCGUGUCUGACUUUAAACCCCCUCCGCCCCCCGCCCCUUUCCAUUGCUAGGUAGACCUCAAGUCCGUCUAUCAUCAUUUUAUUUUAGCAAUUUACUAUCCAGUAGGUGAAACAGAACUUUAGGCAAUUGCUUUCUUUCUACCCGUGGUAACAGCCACCUCGAAGAGUUCACUUUUACCAGGUAAAAUGUAUUGGGUGAUGUUUGUCUUUAGAAUGUCACAACAUCUACGUAAGAUAUUAUUUUCAUCGGUCUGUUGACUUGUGAUGUAUUGUAUUGUCAGCAUAAAAGUCGAUAACACAGCCUAUUAUCUUUUCCUUGACAAUUUUAUUGAAGUAGGAUAAUCAAAAACGUAUCUAGCAAGACACAAAUUCCACAAAGUUGUUUUGUUUAGAAAUUGUACAGCCUUGAUUUCUUGCUGAAAAUUUUAACUUAUACUUUAGCAAAAAACUAAAAUUAUUUUAUCUCAUCAAAAGGUUCGUAAAAUUUUACAAUGCAUGCAAAUAAUUUAUCUCUCAAUUUUUCAAGGAAGCAAAACUCUAAACUUAGCGAGGUCACUAAAUUUCUGUAAAUAAUUUUGGGAGGGCUCUGACCUCGUUAUUGUACAUGUUUAUUAAUUAAAGUUGAAUUAGAACUCCUCGAAGACAAUUGUUCCUGUUCCUGUACAUGACUCAUAAGUCCUAAGUUGUUUUAACAUACAACGAAACAAAUACACGUGGAUUACUUUCAUUC